UCUCUCUCUUUCUUGACUCCCCUCCCUCCAUCCCUCCCUCUUCCUCUCGCUGGGUGCCAGAGCUCCAGUGUGAGUGAGCUCCAGUUCCAGCUGGCCUCCCCACUGCUCUGCUCCCAUGGCGGACUCUCCUCUUAACAACUCCUGGCCGUCCUUCUCCAAACUCUGGAUGAAGAGAUGGUCCUUCAAGAGAGCGUCGGAGUGCAAGCCAUGUAGUCAGCCCUGUGGGCCUCCUAGUGCCCGGCUCAGCGUCCAGCCUCAUGCUCCCAGCGGAAAAGGAUCUUCCUCCUCAUUAUCUCCUGCCUCUAUUGCUGAGGAUGCCUUCUUUGGUAACAACAGUGAUGACCAGGACGCAUGUUCAGAAGUCAGCGACUACGAUUGCCCCUGUGUGGAGUUGAGCAGCAGUGUGGAGGACGUCCAGGCCCUCAGUUCCUCUCUCAGAGACUCUGAGUACUUCAAAGACCUUGAAGGAGGCUCACUAGUCCCACAGGCUGCAGCGUCCUGUGGUCCGAAUACAGUGUCUGAGAACAAAACCCACCAAAAUUCCAGCCUGUCUCUAAACACAGACACUCCUACCAUCCACCAACCUGCACAGACUUCUCUGGCGAUAUACUCUCCACAGGUCAAUGCACCAUCUUUCCCUUCCUCCAACCAGCCUGCAAAGGAACCUCCUUGCACCUUUGUGGUCACUCAGUUUACUCCCGAGCUGUUGCCGCAUUGUGUCAUUAACGACUGUGACUCAGUUGGUCCUGCAGUAGGGCUAAGCUUGACAAUAAAUGUGAAUGGACUAGUGGGCUCAAUGGAAACUGCAAACCCAGAAACAGGACAAGAAGGAGUAACGGACGAAACCGCAAUGGAUUUAGAAGGAGAGCCAGACCUGGACAGCUUCCCUAUUCUGGUCAGAUCCAUGUCGACAUCUCGGAGGCACAGCUGGGGUGUUCCUGUGUCUCCCAUUAACCUGGGGAGGAGGCUGAGUUUGGACACCGUGGGCCUGGACAGCGAUGGGGAGAGAGAGGAUGAUGAGGAUCAGCAUAGUCUGUUUCAGUCCACCCAACAGCAGACCUACUGCUGUCCCGGAGAGGAGUCGGAUGGCCCCAGCAUGAGGGCUGGCAGUGCGCCUGGCAGACAUCUGUACGCCCGCUCAGACAUCCUCGCCACAGACGAAUGUUCCCGUGCAGCACACAUUUCUCGUGUCGUACAGACAUCCAAACAGGCUGCGAGGGCAGCAGGAGCAGAUGAGUUCGAUCCAGAAGAAAACCUGCAUUCUACUGAAGGACAGAGCCAUAUGCUGAUGGUACAGAAAGUUCUGCAGGAGCUAAAGCUGUAUCAUGGAGCCAGGCAGAGAAACAACAGAUCAGACGGCAAAGAUUCAGGAAGUGUUACUUGGUAUGAGUUCCUCUCUAAUGAGAAUGAAGAUGAGGACGAUCGUUCAGAGAAGGUGGAAAAAGGCACCAAAGUGAAGAGGACUCUCAGCUCUUUGAGGAACAGGGUGACUGGGUCCUUCAAUAAAGACAAGGGUAAGAACCGAGAGAAAGACAGAGCGAAGGAGAGGGAGACCAGAGAGAAAGAGAAAGUGUGCAGAAGCAGCAGCAGCAAUGGCCAUCGUUUGGUGCCUGGCUCCUUCUCCAGUUGUGCCACCUGCUCACUAUGCAGCAAGACCCUGCAGAAAAAGCAUGGCCUGCAGUGCACGAAUUGUGCUGUGAACGUUCACAAGAGCUGCAAGUCUCUGCUGGGUGAGUGCACCAGCAGCAGGAAUAAGAGAGAUUCUGCAUUGAGGACGGGUUCAUCAGGAUCUCCUAACCUUGCGCUUAAAGACCGGGACAGGGAGCGGGAACAGGCAGGCCCAGCCGCAUCUCACACACUGGAUGGCCACCGAGGCUUUCUCAGUGCCCCAGGCAUGACCAUUAGUUCGUGGGGACCCAGCACUCAGCCGUCUGCCUCCCAUUCUACCAGCUCUGUUGCAACCACUGCCUCUAGUCUUGGCUCCAGCCUCCGUCACCACAAUAGCUCAGGAUCCCUCCCUGGGGAGAUGGAUGAGACCGAGACUUUCCGCUCCAAACGCUGCAAUGAAGACGCCAUUUCCCUCGCUCCUUCGACCACCGAGUCCAUCAUUGUAGAAGAUGCUCACUACGCAGCAGUUCGGGCUGAUUUGGAGUGUGAUGCCCAGGACUUAGAGGCGGAGUCGUGGAGUUUGGCAGUUGACCAGCAGUAUGUGAAGAAGCACUCUAAAGAAAUGGUGAAGAGACAGGAUGUGAUAUAUGAGCUGAUGCAGACAGAGAUGCACCAUGUGCGAACACUGAAGAUAAUGCUGCGGGUGUACGUCCGAGAGUUGAAGGAGAACCUCCAGAUGGACUCUGGCAGGCUGGACUGCCUGUUCCCCCGGCUGGAACAUCUUCUUGACCUUCACACACAUUUCCUGUCUCGCCUCAAAGAGCGCCGCCGAGAAAACCUCGUCUCACCCAGCGACAGGAACUACACUAUAAACAGAGUGGCUGAUAUUUUGAUCUCUCAGUUUUCAGGUGAAAUAGGAGAAAGGAUGAAGGACAGUUACGGAGACUUCUGCAGUCACCACCCUGAAGCCGUCGGCUACUAUAAAGAUCAGCUGCACAACAACAAAAAGUUCCAAAACAUCAUACGGAAAAUCAACAACCUUUCCAUUGUGCGGAGGUUAGGAGUAACUGAGUGUAUUCUGUUGGUGACACAGCGGAUUACCAAGUACCCAGUACUAGUGGAGCGCAUUCUGCACAACACUGAAGCUGGCACAGACGAGCACGAGGACCUGACUCGGGCGCUGAGUCUGAUUAAAGACACCAUCGUACAGGUGGACACGCUGGUUAAUCUCCAUGAGAAGAACUCUAGACUGCGAGACAUACACAUCAAGUUGGAGCCAAAGGCGCUGGGAAAAAUCAAAGACGGCAGAGUGUUUCGCAGAGAGGACCUCGCACAGGGCAGGAGGCGGCUGCUUCAUGAGGGUACAGUCAGCUGGAAAGCUGCUUCUGGCAGACUCAAAGAUAUUCUUGCGGUGCUGCUGUCAGAUGUGUUGCUCUUGCUACAAGAGAAGGAUCAAAGAUACGUAUUUGCCACAGUGGAUAACAAGCCAUCAGUCAUAUCUCUACAGAAACUCAUAGUCAGAGAGGUGGCCCAUGAGGAGAAAGCCAUGUUUCUUAUCUGUGCCUCUUCCAAUGAACCAGAGAUGUAUGAGAUCCACACCACCUCCAAGGAGGAGCGAAACACUUGGAUGACAAACAUACGGCAAGCUGUUGAGAGCUGUCCUCACACAGAGGAGAGGUUGUUCAGUGAGGAAGAAGAGGCACGAGCUUCCAGGUUUAAAGAAUUUCAAGAGCGGCUGAGCCAGAAGGAUGCAGUGAUAGUACAGGCUCUUACUGAGAAGCUGCAGCUGUUUGCAGACAUGGCAGAGUCUGUGGCAGGUCUCGAGGACGCACCUUCACGUUCUCGACUGUUGCUCCGAGGAGAUGCCUCUGAUCUCCACCAGGGGGAGACUCUACUCAAAGGAGCCAUCACUGAGGUGGAGAACCUCCAGAACCUGCUGCAGUCCGGAGUGAAGGAGGACGCCACAUUUUCUCGGAUGGAGGAAGGUUGUGGCUCUGGGGUUCUGCCCAGGCGGGCAGACACAUUUGGGGGCUAUGACAGCAACCCAAACAUCCUUAGUAAGAAUGGCAGUGUAAAGAAGAACUUUUCUGGUGAGUCCAGAAACAGAGACAGGAACCAAAGAGCUAGCUCUGACCCUCAGCUUAAAGACCUCUGUGGGAGCCACACCCUGGACGAGACGGUUGAUGAGACCUGCUGCUCUCCUGCCAGAUGGAACCGCAUCUGGUCCGACUCCUUCCCCGAGGCUGAGUUCUUUGACAGAGUGCUGAUGCUCUCCCAGAGACUCUACAGCCUGCAGGCCAUCAUCUCACAGCAGGACAGUCACAUUGAGCUGCAGCGGGCCUCCCUAACAGAGCGGGCCUCCCUGCCGGGCCGUUACAGGGGCAACGUUCUCCUGGAGCAGGAGAAGCAGCGGACUCUGGCCCUGCAGAGAGAAGAGCUGGCCAGCUUCCACAAGCUGCAGUCCCAGCACAGGCAGGAGCAGCAGCGCUGGGAGAGGGAGCGGGAGAGACACCGGCAGCAAGUCGAGGCUACCGAGGCCAGGUUACGGCAAAGAGAGGAGGAAUGCAGACAUCUGGAGGAGCAUCUUGCAAAGGAGAGGGACGAACUGGACAGACAGAGGGAGACGUACCAGCAGGACCUGGAGAGACUGAGGGAGUCCACCAGAGCUGUGGAGAAAGAAAAGGAACGCCUGGAACACUUGAAGAAGUUCAAGAGGAAGACCAUUGAGGUGGCUCCUCUGAAUGGAGAGUUGCUCAUGUCUUCUGGCCUCACCGGCUCCACCGGUGUCUCAGACCUGCCUCUGCCCCAGAAGCCCCUGACCCGCGGCAGCCUGUCCGUAGCACCGGCCGACUAUGCAGAACGUCCCGAGGUGAUGUCGCGGCGGGAGGCGGGCUCUUCCGCCCUGCCGCUGAAGACGGAAGUCCCGCUCCAUCUCUUCAGCACCACCAACCAGCAGCACAAAGCAGUCGGGGUGCAGCAGCAGAUCCCCACAAAGCUGGCCGCGAUCAACAGCGGCAAAGGGAAAGGAGGCAAGAGUGGAAAAGCCUCGCAUCGUACUGACAGCACGGCCUCAGUAGACAUGAAGCAGAUGCUCCCGCUGAAACUGUCCACCAGGGAGGACAACACCCAAAAGGCCAAGCGCUCCGUCAGCCCCCACCAGCAGCUCCCCACCUCAGCUCCUCCUCAGUCCCACUCCAUCCAUCACCACAUAGAUCAACUGAGUCCUGCAGACAACAGCGGACCGGAUAGCCAGUCUGCUUCCUCCAUCAGCGCCUCCCAUCCUCCGAGUGUUCAGAAGCCUCCCAUACCUCCUGCACAGUCCCACCCUCAACCCUCCGUGCAGCCUCCCACCAUGCCUGUCCACUCACAGAGCACCGGAUCUGUCCCGUUCCAGGCUCACGUGCAGCAACAGAGCCUCAGCCCAAGCGCCCAGGGAAACGUUCACGGCCUCAGCCACAGCCAGAGCCUGCCGCCACCCUACAAGAUGACAUCAGAGGACCUCAACAAGGAGGAUGUCAUCUUUUUCUAAACUCCAGCCCGCUGUCCUUGCGUCAAGCACUGAUUACAAACAAAGAAAACCGAUACGGGGGCAACUCACCAGGUGCGAUACAGUGACGACAUUCAGUGUAGUCAGCUGUGCUGUUGAUAAAAUAAGGGAGGUCAGAUGGCAGUGAGUCAAGGCCGCAGUGGCUCACAUAGAUGGUCACGUUUUAUUCAACAAAGAAGGCAUUUCUGGUUUAACACUGCCCUGUUUUAUUUUUCCCCUGCUUCUAAAUAGCCAAUAAUAGUAUCAUCAUUUUAUUUAAUUCUUUUUUAAUCUAAACUCCACUGAAUGACGAGUAUUGAGGGAAAAUCAUUGGGAAACGAAGGCUUUUUGGAACACGUGCAUAAACGGUUUAUAUGAAGUUAUACCAAUCCAAAGACAUUAGCCACAAGAGCAGAAGGGGAAGUGACUGAAAGGAACGGUGUGGAAGAAAAACUGUUGGUUGUUUUCCUAGUAGGUUAGUGAAGUAUAAGAAGUGCGACGAUGGAGUCCUGGCCUUAACAUGCAUGCUUCUCCUGGACCUGGAACCACGUGAAAUGAUUGAGCUCAGAGGUGUACCAACUCUUAAUACAUAAACACUUUCUGCUUGAUGUUUCAUUUGCACAGUGUAAAUACUCCAUUCCAGACUAAUGAAUGAACUGUUAAAGAUGACAUUUGGAUUGUUUGGUUGUACAGCUGUUAAAAUUGUGAAGCUUCCUUUCAUGUUGUCAUUUGUCUUGCGUAUUACACAAGUAUAAAUUGUGGAUUAGUGUUUCCACUGGUUGUAAAACUUUGUUCAGCAGAAGUUUUCCCUAAGCUGUUGUUUAACGAUACUUAUGUUCAAUUAGGGGAGAUUGGCUUUUCUCUAACUGUUCAUGCAGAGUGAGACAAACUCGGAUCCUUUCUUGUGUUUGUGUACAGAUUUAAAGUGCGUUUUCUGUACUUUGCGAGCUCUUUAAACAGUGAGACAAUUCAUUCAAUAUAACGGAGAGAUUAUGAGUAUUUACCUAUGUACUCAUUCAAAUAGCCAUCGAAUCUUUAAAGUUUAAAGGUUUCCCAAAUUUGUAGCUUGACACAGGGACUAAAUUGGACUCCCUUCUUAAAACUUUGCACUAAUUGGGCCCCAUAUAUGGUCUGGUCCUGUGGGCAAAAAUGUUGAACCAUAAGUUCAUAACUCUAGCUACCUGAGGUAAAUUAGUAGUAUAAGCAUACACUGUACGUCAUACACCUCUACUCUUUCAGCUCCCUCAGUAUACAAUCACAAUUGUGACAAAUACACAAAGCUAAAUCAAUUUAAAGCCUAUGGAUUCACCAGUUUAAUCCAGAGCACAAUCUUAUUAGUUUUUUAUUAUUAUUAUUUGAAAGCUUGUGUCACUGGAUUUCAUUUUGCUGACUUAAAUGAUCAGCUUAUGUUCAUUUCAGUUAGCUGCUAUGUAUUUGAGGUAAACAAGAAGAUGUGAGUUUUAACUGAGGCCCUGAGGUCUCAUUGACAAUGUGUUUUAUUGAUUCCCGUUGACAUUUCAUUAGCUGGGUCUUAAAUCUCUGUCCUGGCAGAAAAGCCAUACUGUGACAGGUGCUGUUUUCCCUGCAGCAAGAAUGAUUAGCCACUGUUGUCUGUCCCAUUCUUUCUCUGUAUACACACACAUCAAGUAGUUGACACAUUAGUAAGCUUUUUGUCUGCGGAGUACAAAAAGAGCUUUUUGUCUUUGUGCAAGUGGCAGGUCUGUGAAGCUGUGAUCCCUAGCUGGAACAGUUGUUUUGUGUCUAUUAUGUAUAAUUGUACAUACUGUAUGUAAUCUCUUCUCCUCCUACAUCUUAAAAAUAGAUAUCUGAUGUGAAUCAAGACGCAAAAAUCUGCCUGAACUUUUGUUUGGGCGUAUACAGUAUGGCACACCUUCCUCAGACAGACUCCCAUCACUCAUCGCUGUUGAACUGAAAUUGAACGUGUGUAUAUUUAAUCUCCUGAUAUGUGUUGAUGUUGUAGUCGAAGUCGGAGUGCGCUGUCCGUCGGCUCUGUGGUGCUCGUCGCGAGCGAUGCUCCACGGAGACGAUGUAGCAGUCACAGGAACUACACCGCCUCCUUGUUUCAGUUGGUUAAACCAAAGAGACAUUCAGCUGACUCUUUCAUGAAGGAUAAAUGACGCUGAGCCGGUUGUGUGGUAGUCCACAAAGUGUUAUUACUUGUCAAAGCAUCCUCUAGGGAGUGUCCAUAACAAGUUUGUUUACAGCAUAUUGUAGUCCAGUUUGUCACCGCCCAGUCACAAGUAUAUCUCCAAAUUAGAUCAUACAUAAAAACUAUAGACUUAACAGUAAAUCUAUUUAGUAUUAACCUAUUUCAUUGGCUUACAGUGUAAAACACACAGCUAUAGUGUGUGAACCACACUUCUGUUUGUAUUUCUGGACUACUAAUGUGUAUGUCGACAUACUUGGGAGUGGAAUCCUGCAAAUACAUUUCCAGAUUGGCAAAACCAUCCCAGCUCAAGGCCUACAUAUUAAUGUUCCUCCCCGCCCUGUUAGUCAUAACCCAUGGUCUCCAUUAACUAAGCCAAAACUUAGAAGAUAACACAUUCCUAAAAAAAACAUUAAGAUCAUGUCUGGUGACUGAGAGCUGAAAAAAGCCAACCUUGAGUUGGGAUUGCUUUGUCAAACUUCCAGGGUCAAGACAUUUCUAUUGCUACGUUUUCCUGUGUUUUCUCCUAUUAACUCUGAAUGAGAGCGGUAAGACGGCAGGAAAAAUGACGUAACAGCACUUUAGUUGCUCUAGACUUUUUUUUUUUAACCUCAGAGGGAGAGGUGAAGAAGGCUGCCUGUAGGUACACUGUACUGUAUCACUGUUGUGAUAAAGUCUUAAAUGUUGCUUUCUUUGCUGUACUGAAAUGCUGAACAUUUAAAAAAAAAAAAAAAAAAUGGAAGCCAGUCAAUCACUUCACUGUGUGUGCAUGUUUUUGUGUCUUGUGUGUGUUUGUGGUUUACCAGAAACAUGUCGAGAAUCUGAUCAACAGAGCCAGAUUUGUUUUCCUGUUUUCUUUUCCACACACACACACACACACCUUGUCGGACCUGUAAUAUGUAAAUAAUCAUGAGCGUAUUUUAUUUCCUCAGCCAAUUUUACACUAGUCACUUUGGAUAGUAGCAUACUUGAAGGGGAAAAUGAAUGUUUGUAAUGCCUAUUGUUAUUGUCUGUGAACUUUUAUUUACCAAGAGCUGUCUAAUAAUAUUUGUAGCACACGGCAGAACUGAUUUUUGUACUGUUUUAUUUUAUUCACUGCGCGACAUUAGAGAGACUUGUGGACACAAACGGCUGCCUUAGAGAAAUUUAGUAAUAAUAAAAAAAAAGACUUGAAACAG